AUGGGUUACGACAAAGGAUACGACCUGUUCCCGACCAAUCUAGGUUGCCGCCAUGAGACUCCUGAUCCAAGCCCCUUUGAGCCGAAUGAUGUCUGCUGUACAGCAGAGUGCGCGCAUAUCAUCAUUUUUGGCUCCGCCACGGAGCAGCUCAGUCGCAUGACCACCUACAGUCUGACGCGGUUGGAGCACGAGGGCCGCCCCGUUUACGCCAGCGACACCGGGCCUGACUUCCUCUACUACCAUGGCCCAACCUCGAAGUGGAUGGUGGGACCUUCCGUGGGAGCUCCAGAGGGGGCCGGUCUGUCUGUGUCUGACACUGCCCUGAGCCCUGACCGAAUUCAAGCCACCUGGAGGCACUAUUCAAACAACCAGUGGACCGAGAAUCAUGACAUUCAAGCAAAGUGUUCUGAAUGUCAGCAAAUUACCAUCUCUGGAUCCACUCAAUCUUCCUGUAUGACAUACACCCUGACGGAGCAGACCCACGAACGACGCCCUGUGUACUCCAGCGACACUACAACUGACUUUCUCUACUUCUACGGGCCUCAAUCCUCUUGGCUCGUUGGACCGACAGUCGGAUCAUCGACGGCCGGCAUGUCAGUGGAAGACAGCCAUCUAUACCCCGACCAAAUCAACGGCGCAUGGGUGAUCCGUCAGGGUUCUAGAUCGGUGACGUUUCCAAAUGUUGUGGCAACCUGUACUGAUAUCAAUCAGUGCGCCUCCUCUCCUUGCCUUAACGGCGGGACGUGUAUCGACUUGCACAACGCCUACUCAUGCACCUGCGUGGUUGGAUGGGAAGGAGAAAACUGCGAGUUGGACAAGGAUGAUUGUGCCAUAGCCAAUUGCGACACAGGAUUCGAGUGCAUGGAUCUUCCUGGGUUCUACGCUUGCGUUCCUCAAGGUUUCCAGCUAGGCAGGGGCCAGACCAACCGAUCCACCUGCAAUCCUGAGUCCUGUGCCAAAGGCUGGAUUUGCGAGGUCCGGGAGGCCGGCUACGCCUGCCUACCGAACCAGUAACGCCCUCAGUGGUUGGCCCAAACGAAUGGUCUCCAACCAUCUAACAACUUCUGUGAUUGGUCAGAUGGUUUGGAAGGGCGGUAACAGCGAAAGGAAGUUUGUCUUGAAAUAAAUUCUUUGA